AUGGUGAAUAGUACAUGUGUCAUCAGUGCGUUCCGUGUCUACGCCAUGUCCACGCUGGACUUUAUGGACGUUCAAUACACCACGCCCAAGGCCGACAUGUUCAGUUGCAUAGAGCCCUGCCUUGCCGUGGUACUCGCCUCAAUCCCUUUGAUGCGCCCAUGGCUAGAUGUGAUUUCAUCCAAGCCGCGCAGGUCGGCCGAAAGGCGCGGGCAUAUCGAAUAUCACGUUGUCGGUGAAGCUGCGUCAAGCAAUGGUGGCAUUGAUUGGCUGGCUGGUUAUAGAAAACACUCCAAGCCCCAGGAGCGACAGAAUGUGCAGCCAACUCUCGCCCAGUCUUCAGACAACGAAGAAGAAGAGGAGCUGCCCCCAAGGCGUGAGUGCAGCAGAAGAAUUACCGCCGAUAUGCGACCGUAA